AUGCGUUCUUCAUUCUUCGCUGUCGCUGCAGCUGUAGCAGCUGUCAAUGCUCAAGGAGCUCAGCCAGCACCAUCUUCGACUGUUGUCGCAGAUCCCGGCACCCUUCCUCUCGGUGCCGAAUGUGCACGCACUGAGCAGUGCGCUGGAGGAGCUCAAUGCUUCGCCAGCAACUUCAUGCAAAUUACUUCUUGCGGCAAGUUCAACGCUGCAUGUGAGAAUGACUCCCAAUGUGCUACCAACACCUGCAACAACGGCCUUUGCAAUGGCAUUCUCGCCUCUUCUCUCUGGCUUAUGCCUACCUCGACUAGCCAGAGCUUCUCCUCUGCAUCCGCCAUGUCGACCUCUACACCCCAAGGAGCUCUCCCCGCUCCUUCAUCCACUGUAGUUGCAGCACCCAACUCUCUCCCUCUCGGCGCCAACUGCGCGAACUCAGAGCAAUGUGCUGGAGAUGUUGAGUGCUUCGCUUCCAACUUUAUGCAAAUCACUCAAUGUGGUAAAUUCAAUGCUGCAUGCAAGAACGACUCUCAGUGCGCAACAAACACUUGUAACAACGGUCUCUGCAAUGGCUUCUUGGCUUCGUCCGCCUACCUCGCCAACACUGCCUCAUCAACUCAGCAAUCUGCCUCUGCUGCUGGCACCGCCACUGCUGCCACCGGUGGCAUUCAGCCCGCUCCAUCCUCCACCGUCGUUGCAGCCGCCGGAUCCCUUCCUCUGGGUGCCGAGUGUGCUUCCACCGAGCAAUGUGCGAACGGUGCUGACUGUUUCGCCUCCACUGCCUGGCAAAUCAAGUCUUGUGGCAAGUUCAACUCUGCCUGCACUUCCGACUCCCAAUGCGCAACCAACACUUGCAACAAUGGCCUUUGCAAUGGCUUCCUCGCUUCUUCCGCAUACCUCGCCAACCAAGCAUCUUCCACCCUCAGCACUGCCGCUUCUUCCUCCACCGCUUCCGGCUCUUUGAUCCCUCUCGGCAAAUCCUGCAAUGCCACUUCUCAGUGCCAGAACGGCGCCGAAUGCACUGUUUCCUCUGCCUACCAGGAGUUUGCUGCAGGCAUGGUCUGUGGUCCUUACAACGCCACUUGCUCGUCUUCUUCUCAGUGCAGCUAUAACUCUUGCUUCAAUGGCAGAUGUACUGGUGUUCAAGGAUAUGAGUACUCCACUUCCACUGCUGUGAUUAGUGGAAAGACCACUAUUGUCGCCGGUACCGCUGUUCCUGUUGCCAGCUCUGCUUCUUCGGGACUUGCUGCUGCUGGUAAUGCUACUAGAAGUGCCACUUCUACUCUUGCAGCCUACACUGGUGCUGCUGGAAAGGUUGGCGCUGAGGCUGGAUUCGCCGCUGCGGUCUUGGGUGCUGUUGCAUUCUUGUUGUAG